AUGUUGCUACGACGUGUUACAUUAAGUGGACAAUUUUCACAGCUUACUAGCGAUUCAGUUCAUUCAACGAGAUUCGUAGUUGUAAGUGGUUUAGUAGCUAUGGCAGUUGAUAUUUUGGUCUCAUCAUCUUUGGCUUUGUUCUUGAUUUAUGCAUGUAUUUAUCGUAAACUUGUCUCACCGUACGAACGUGGUUUCUACUGUUAUGAAGUACCAUAUCUUAGUAAUCCUUUUCUCCCUAAUACUGUAUCGAGCACUCAGUUAUUGGUCGUGUCCUUUAUUUCACCUUUUUUCGUUAUUGCUUUGGCAGAAGGCAUACUGUUUUUGAUAUCUCAAGGUGAGAAUAAAUUACGCAAAUAUUUUCACUCAACUACGUCGAUUUAUAUCAAGUAUAUUACUUCUUUCACUGUCGCAACAUUUAUAAUGGAGACAUUGAAGUGUAUGUUUGCUCGUUUAAGGCCUCAUUAUUUAAGUGUGUGCAAGCCUAACUGGGAGCAAAUCAACUGCACUGAUCCAAAUACUUACAUUAAAAGUGUCAAUUGUAUGAGUACUGAUAUGCAUAGAAUUCAUAUUGGUCGACAAAGUUUUCCAAGUGGUCAUAGUACAGCUGCUGUAUUACUAUUUACGUUCCUCUUUUUUUACCUCAAAGGAAUAGUCAAUGCUACUGGUAAUAAAUGGCUACAUUUGGUACGCGUCACUGUAUUGGUUGUAAUAGGUGGUUGGAUGUUUAUGGUAAUGACGACUCGUGUUACGGACCAUUGGCAUCACCCAACCGAUGUUUUAGGUGGAGUAUUGUUGGGCUUUAUGUGUGCAUACAUUCCUUUGCGGAAUAUGCAUUUUUCUUUAUUGAUGGCUUGCUUUGGUGCGGAUGACCUCACUGAUUUUAUUAGAUAUGAAUGUGCUGUUGAAGCUGGUGAUGAUGAUCACUGCAAGGAAAUAUUAAAAUGGAAUUCAAGGAAGCAAAUACCAGGAGGUUUACCGCUGCACUUCCGCUUAUCAGCUGAUUCUGAUUCGAGCAGCGAAGAGUACUCACCAUCUUAUUUGAUUUCUGAUGAUUGCGAGUCAACUUUCGAGCUCAUUCAGGAACAACUGAGUAAAAAGAUUAAAGAAAAUGAUUUGUUAGGCCGAAACGAAGAAAGCAAGGAAGUAGGGGACGAUGUGACUGAAAAACAAUUAUCAGAACCGAUUUCCAAGUUCUUUCAAUCUAAAGAUAUUUCGACUAUCCCCUCAUCACAUCCGGUGGAGAAAUCAACAACUGCCCUACUUUUGGAAAGGACUGAUUUUAUUGUUAGAUCUGAUCUUGCGGCAUAUGCGAGAUUCGCCGCUCCGGAAAUUGACGCUGGCAGGAAACUCUUGGUUUUUUAUCCGUUUGCUGGACCAGAACCUGGUAACGAAAAUAUUUGUUUUUCAUUGACAGUAUGUGCUCUCUGCGAUAUCCGUGUUUUCGAUCUUGUUGGUUUGUGUUGUUAUGAAUAUGCGAGAUAUCGAAAAACGAAUAACCUCGAGCCUGUUUCGCAUUAUCAUUUAUUGAUGGCAGAGGAAAAUGGUGAAAUUGACGAAGGUUUACCUGCAAUUGAUGGAUAUCGUUUACUCAAUGAACUUGGAUCAUGUUGGUCAACAGUUGCUCUUGUGAAGAGCCUGACCACUUCCAAUUUUCGAAAUAAAGUUGUGGUUGUAUAUACGAUUACUGGGAGGCGAUAUGAGUUCUUCAUUGAGUCGAUGAACUUGUCUCUUAGAUGGCUUCGUGAUGAAGCUAUUAAAAGACGUAUAGAAGAUGAAUAUGAGAGCUUUUGCUAUAAUUUACAAUUUCAAGAAUAUGGUUUAGAAACUAUAAAAGAAAGGGAUAUUUUGCUGGAUCUCGAUAAGCCAAUAUCUAGUACGGCUAGUUGGGAGUUUUUACUUAUUCGCGCAAACAGUUCUCGUGGUGAUUUUACUCCUGUAUCAUGUAUUAGCUCUGCUCAACAACUUAAUCAAAGCCUCAAAGCAGACAUAAAUCUUGAUAGCUCAUUAAUGUUGGAAAAACCAAGAUGCUUGGAUUUGCUCUCAAAAGUACAGAAUGUUGAUGGUAUGAAUUUUGCUUCGCCAUCUUCCCAUACUUCCUGUUUAUUGGGUAGCUCAGUUGCAGUUUUUUCGGUUGAAAGGAUUCAUCGAUACAAGUCCAAUUGGAACGCCACUUUAAUUAUUCGAAUGGACGGUAUUGAGUUGAUUCCAAUUCAAGUGGACCAGGCAGGAAAACGAAUUCCUUUAUUUUUGCAGUCGUCACCUAAAGCUUUAUCCUUAAAAUGGGAUUGUGUUGGUGGAGUGGAGAUCACUGAUCAGUUAAAUGACAAUUAUGUAUUAUCAGUGAAACGAGAAGUAAGGAUUGUUUGGCUGGCAUAUCUGACAACGAAAGAUCAUUCAGAAUUGCAAAAAAUUGAGUCAGCUGGAGUAACACGCGAUUAUAAAUCCAAUACUGAACCAGUGAAGUCAUCUCUGCUGCAUGAGAUGUCAAGACGAAAAUUCUAUAAUAAUACAUAUUGGAAGACACUGCUGUUGAAAGCUGACCAGAAUAUUGCGUGGGAUAUUGCAGAGAAGAUGAGCGAUAUAAUCUAUAAAAGAAACAUGGAAGUUCAUCAGAUUUACAAAUAUUCUAAUAGAGGGACAAAGAAACCAAAAGAUGCAAUCAUGGAAGUGUUCGAGGUUACUAUGGAUACAUCGCUGAAAAGCCUGAGUAGUCCAGCUACUCCUACAGUUCGCAAGGUAUCAAAACUAGUGACGAGUGCAGUACCCACAUUCCACAAAUUGUUGUCUAAACAUGAUUAG